AUGGCCAUCUUCAAGUCUUCCACGUGCUGCGGACAGAGCAACUCCGAGUGCGCCUGUGCUCAGAAGGCCACCUGCUCCUGCGGAAAGCAGUCUGCCCUCCACUGCAGCUGCGACAAGUCGGCGACGGAGAACCAGGUCAGCGGACCCAGGUGCUCGUGCCGCGCCCGUCCUGUCGGCGAGUGCACUUGCGACAGGUCGUCUACCGAGAACGUCACCCCUUCGGGAACCACCUGCCAGUGCGGCUCAAGGCCUGCCGAAGCUUGCACGUGCGAGAAGGCCAGCGACGGCGGUUUCAACCCUGCCAACGAGAUAGACUUCACCACUAAAUAA